UACAGUCUCCGUGCUCACCACAUCUUUCCCUCUCGCCUUCAACAUGUUGUCUAAGGUAUGCGUUCUGUUUCUGGUGGUGGCAACAGUAGCGGGUGACCGCCCCACAUACCGCCCACCUCGCCCCACCUACAACGCACCCCGCCCGGCACCCACCCCCACCUACAGCGCCCCACGCCCCGCGCCCCGUCCCUCUUACCAAGACUCCUUCGAGGAUCCUAAGUACGACUUCGAGUGGCAGGUCGCUGAGGACGCCAACAACUUCCAGCAGCAGGAGUCCCGUGAUGGAGACGACACCAGAGGAUCCUACGUCGUCGACCUUCCCGACGGUCGCCGCCAGACUGUCACGUACUCCGUCGACGGUGACUCAGGGUUCAUCGCCGAGGUGAACUAUGAAGGCGAGGCUCGCUUCCCUGACUCCAGGGAGUACUCUGCUCCUCGUCCCGUGUACCAAGCUCCAGUUACCACUCCACGCCCAGUGUACCAGGCUCCAGCUACCACUCGUCGUCCGGCACCUCGUCCUACCACUCGUCGUCCUGCCCCUCGUCAGCAAUACAGAGCUCCUCGUCCUGCUUCUCGUCCCAGCGCGGCCAACAGCCUUCUGGCCGCCUAUGGUUUCUAAUUACCACGUCACUACCACUACGACUUCGACCUGACCACAUCUGCUCUAACCUAACCUCACUUACCAAUUAUCUUGACCUCUCCUACCUUGAUCAUAACUCAAGGGCUUACCUUGAGCUAUAACUUGGUCAUAAUUCCUAAAAUUGAAUAGAAUAACCUAUACAUUUACCAUUUACCCUAUCUAGAAAUUGAUGACUAAGAUCCCAAAUCACCAAAUACUGAAAGGAAUAACCUGAGCAUCGGGAACGCCUCAUCCAAUAGGCAUGAACGAUGGAACCAUCCGCUGCUGCCACACCGUGCGCCUUCUUCAUGACGAGGCGCCACGUCGUCAAAAUGCCUGCAUCGAAUGGUCACACGUCAGACCGAUUGUUUCGUGACGUGUUCCUGGUGCCUCAUGGUCUGCAUGUGACGAGCAGAGUGUCUGCGUGGGGUCUGAUGGUCGAGGUCUGAUGGUUGUGGUCUGAUGGUCGAGGCCUGAUGGCCGAGGCCUGAUGGUCGAGGCCUGAUGGUCGAGGUCUGAAGGUCGAGGUCUGAUGGUCGAGGUCUGAUGGUCGAGGUCUGAUGGUCGAGGCCUGAUGGUCGAGGUCUGAUGGUUGCGGUCUGAUGGCCGAGGUCUAAUGGUCGAGAGUCGUGCUGGCUUCAACAACGAACGUCGAACGAAUAAUUUUGUGCGAUUUAUUUAUUGCGUUUUGUAUUAUAUUGAAAACAUUGAGUUUCCUUGUUAGGGUGGAGCAAACUUGCCUGUAACAUGGAGCUUACAAAAAUAAAAUUGAAUUUUU